AUGAAUCCUUUAAAUAAAAUCAUAUUUCUUUCAGCAUUUUUAGCAUCUGGUUUUUUAUUAAUAUUAUUAUCUUGUGCUUUAUUCAAUAAUUAUAAACCAUUAUGGGUUAUAUUUAUAUUUUUAAUUGCACCUUUACCAAAUUUGAUAGCAAAUUCAAUUGAAAAUGCAAGAGAUUAUAAUUUUUUAACUUUUAAUGACUAUAAUAAUCAAUCAAAUUCUCAAUUUAAUCAAUCUCCUUUACAAGAGUUUUGUAAAUUUUUAACUGGUUUAUUGAUAAUAUCGGGUAUUUCUUUACCUUUAACAUUUUAUCAUUGUGGUUUAAUUCAAUUUGGUUCUAUGUUAAUGAGUAUAAUAGGUGGUUUAAUUGUUUAUGGUGAUAUUAUAAUAUUUAUAUGGUUUUUCAGUAAUGAAGAGGAAGAAAAUGAUGAGUUUAACUUUUAA